CUUGAGCUUUUGCAGACGCAUUGAUUAAUUACCACCUCCGUUUCCUUACCCUAUGCAACAAUGGCUGUAUUUGCCAUAGCAACGCUGCAGUUGUUGCAGAUUCUAGCAGCCGCACCCGUGCUUUCAGAUACCUUAGCAUCAUCGCCCCAAGGCUGCGCCAGCCAAUGCGGCAACGUAAGCAUACCCUACCCGUUCGGCAGCGGCGCCGGGUGCCACCGCGACGGGUUCAAGCUGUUGUGCAACGAGACGUACCAUCCCCCGAAGCUCUUCCUUGACAACACGGGAGUCCUGGUGCUGGAAAUAAGUGCUCAGGACGGCACCAUGCGCAUUGACGGCGGCAUACUCAGCUUGCUGGCGGGGAACCAAACCGACGACACCGUGAACCUGGAAUGGACGGUGCCUCUCAACGGCAGCCUCUAUACAGUGUCUGCGGAGAACAUCUUUGCCGUUUUGGGGUGCGGGUUCCGUUUGAUGUGGACCGUCCCGGACCCUAAUGGAGGAGACGGAACUGCCACCACCUGUUAUUCCAAUUGCACGCUCGGUCCUCCUGCAAUAGCCACCGAUGGCACAUGCUCUGGAGUCGGUUGCUGCUAUUCAGGCUUGUUUGGUUACUCCAAUACGUUUGACAUUCAGUACUCCACGACUGAAAGAAGCCAUACAAUGAGCUCAAGCUUGGUCGUGGUCGACAGAGAAUGGUGGAGUGAGAAAGAGAAUGUCAUGGCGAUGCAGCAGGCGAUUUCGGCGCACUCCUCCAGCCUCGGUGCCUCCGGAGGUGUGCGCCGCGCCGUACCUGGGAUUGAAGUCAGCACCGUCGUCAAUUGGGUGUUCAGUACGUCGUCAUGCGCUGCAGAUCGGAAUUCUAGUGACUACGGUUGCCUCAGCGACAACAGCGAGUGCCAUGACUCCAGCGAUACAUCAGGGUACAUCUGCAUGUGCCAGCGCGGGUACCAUGGCAACCCUUACAUACGACAUGGAUGCCAAGAUAUCAACGAGUGUGCAAGUCCAGGAGAGUACUCGUGCUUUGGCGAAUGCAUUAAUUUGGUAGGAUCGUAUAAGUGUUCCUGCCCGCGUGGUACCUGGGGUGACCCUCGUAAACCGAGUGGGUGUGCUUCAACAAAAAGGAAAUUUCCAGGAUUUGUUGUUGUGAUAUCGAUAUGCGGCGGCAUAGCUGUCCCACUAAUAAUCAUUGGUGCUCUAUUUGUAAGACGAAAGCUUAGAGGUUGGAAAGCUAGGAAGUCGAGGGAAUUCUUCUUCAAGCAAAACCGAGGAUUGUUGUUGCAGCGGCUUGUGGACAAGGACAUUGCCGAAAGGAUGAUCUUCACCUUAGAAGAACUUGACAAGGCAACAAAUAAGUUCGACGAGGCUCGAAAACUUGGAGGUGGAGGCCACGGCACCGUCUACAAAGGCAUUUUGUCUGAUCAACGUGUUGUUGCCAUCAAGAAGUCCAAAAUUGUCAUUAAGAGAGAGAUAGAUGAUUUCAUCAAUGAGGUUGCCAUCCUUUCUCAAGUAAACCAUAGAAAUGUGGUGAAGCUUUUUGGAUGUUGUCUUGAGACAGAAGUUCCGUUGUUGGUCUACGAGUUCAUUUCAAAUGGAACUCUUUCCGAUCAUCUUCAUGUUCCUACUCCGCUAUCAUUGUCAUGGAAAGAGAGAGUAAGAAUAGCCCUUGAAACUGCAAGAUCUCUUGCUUAUCUGCACUCUGCUGCUACAAUAUCGAUAGUACAUCGAGAUAUCAAGUCUACGAAUAUACUACUUGAUGAACGACUCAUAGCGAAAGUAUCAGAUUUUGGAGCCUCUCGGGGCAUCCCCAUUGAUCAAACUGGAGUGAACACUGCUGUUCAAGGAACUUUUGGGUAUUUGGAUCCAGAGUACUACCACACAUGGCGACUCACCGAGAAAAGUGAUGUAUACAGCUUUGGUGUAAUACUUGUUGAGCUAUUAACAAGGAAGAAACCAUCUGUCCGCAUGUCAUCACCUGGAGCAAGUCUAACUGCAGAAUUCAUAUUGCUAGUGAACCAAGACAAAAUUUCCGAGAUAUUAGACCCACAAGUCAUUGAGGAAGGGGGAGAAGAAGCCAAAGAAGUUGCAGCGAUGGCGGUGAUGUGCUUAAGCCUACAUGGUGAAGAUAGGCCCAUGAUGAGGCAAGUAGAGACGAGACUUGAAGCACUGCAAACUGGAGCACCCGGUGUUGGAAACAGUGUGGGAACUGAUGGGCCUAUGCUUAUACUAAAUAAUCCUUCAUUGGAACAGAACAAUACCAAUGCGAGAGAGAAUUUGAGCAGGAGAUGCAGUAUUGAGGAGGAAUUCUUGUGUUCAAUGAGUUUGCCUCGGUGACAUAUGGCUCCCAUCCAAAACCAAAAUCUUUAUGCACUUUUGUCGUUCGUAGUUCUUUCAGUAAGCAACCACAGUCGCAUGCUUGUUGUUACCUAAACUACCUUACAAAUUUGGAGCACCCUUAUUUCUCUCUUGUUUAUAAUUCCAUUUUUUCUCUUCGUUUCA